AUGUCUCUGCUCGGAAGGCUACUCUCCGGCGCCGGCACGUCCAUCUCGUCACCACGCCACCCGCUCGACUCACAUCUGGAGGAUCAAUUCACCUACAAUCUCUUGUUCCCCGACCCCGAAGCCCUGUGCCACAAUGACGACCAGGUCUUCCCGCUAUCCUCCGCCACGAUACUGCCCCCCGCCGCAUCUAGGGACGCGGACCUCAAUGGGGAGGUGGAUCUGGAGAUGCGAGACGUGCGAGUCAUCAUCAUGCAGGAGACCACCCCGGCGUCGGGCUCUUCCUAUCUACUCUACGACAGCCAUUCCCCUUCUCCCCCGUCGCCGUCGUGGGACCGACCGGCGUUCAACGGACCCGCAUAUCCCGCCCAAGAGGCUCGUGGGGCCAUCACCGCCCCGCGGAAGACGAGUGUCGGACAAGCUUCUUCUCGGCCAGCCAUCCCUCAAGAACCUGCCACUCCCACACCCCGGGUCUUGGGUGCCUUUGCUGGCCGAAGCCAGCACAGAAGAAACCCCAGCUGCUCCGAGACGGAAGGGCAGCGCUCGGCCAGAGAGUACAAGGAAGAGGUGACCUGGUUCGCGAACUACAUGUUUGGCAACUCAGAUGUGAUGGCCUACAAGGGAACCGGGACGAAGGUUCACUACCUUCCCCCGGAGUCCCGGCCGCCGCUCCCUUCGACCUCGUACCUGCCAGACGGCUCCCUCGGACGCUCCAGCAUGAGGAGCAGCAAGCUGGCACACUCUUUCACCUCGGACACGGUGCAUGGGCCGACACCAGCCGUCUUCACGAGCUCCAGCACCGCGAGGGCAGGGGACAAGCGAAAAGUCUUGAUCACCCGCAUGUUCCCGGUCCCGCUACCCAAUGAUGAGACGGAAGACGUGACCCAAAAUAUCACGCCGACGCCGCAGAACAGUUCCCAAUCACACCAGACUGCGGGGUACCCUUUCCCUCAGGUCACCGGCGGUAGCACACCUGCGGCCGAGAGGAAGACCCCUCAACCGAAGCAGAAGAGAACGCCCCUCUACGCCGUCGGCUUGAUCGUCAACCUACCCCAGACGGCCUGCCAUGCCCCCUCGGCGACCACGUCACGAUCCAGCUUCCGAGCACCAGGCUCUUACACGGAGCAAGAAUCGCUCUCGUCCUCCUUUAACUCCGGACGCCGAUCGGGUUGGACCAUGCUCGGCAACGGGUUCGGGAUUGAAUCGAUGGACUCGUCUUUCUCGAGCGAAGUGGAAGCCGAUCGCAUCGACAUUGUCACUCCCCACUGGGACAUCAUCAUGCGGACCAUGUCUCAUCUCCAAGCGGUGGCCACGACGUCGCUGUUGCCCCUGCUCAAGCAAGCGGACAUCAGCUCGCCAGAUCCUCGCAGAGACUCGCAGACCCGGGCCCCCUCGGCAAGCGUUUCGAUCGCCGGCAAGCGCGUCGCAGAAGAUAUCAAGCCUUUUAAGAUCCCCAAGACGAAUGCCAAGAUGGUGUCGCUCACCCCGCAUUGCCUCGCGCAAAGCCCGCGGAUACAGAGGGAGGCCGAUGCAGCGCGUCAACGGAUUGUCAAUGGUCUCAGAGCAUACCAAGUGGUCACCGGACAGGGACGAUGGGGCAUCUGGAGAGAAGAAGCGCGACUCGUGGGCAAGUGGGCUGGUAGCAAGGACGAAGGCUUCUUCUUCUUCAACCUGCUCACCGGCUUUUUGGGUAACCACACCGAAUGGCUGCAGGCUCUGGGGCCUUCGUGGUAUCGUCGAAAGCAUUCCCAGCAGCAGCGGGCCAACAAGGAUGAUGACAUCUCCCUUCCCGCCCGGACAAUCGUCGUCUCGGACCACAAGGUGAUGGCUCGACGACUGAUCUUCCUGCUUGCGGCCUUCCUACCGGCGAAUCAGCAAGUAACAGCUGCGGGGAAUUACCGCCCCAGCACCUCCAUCUCCUUCGGAGGAUACUCACAAUCGCCGCCCAACCACGUACCCAUACCGAGAGAAGAAUCGCUCCGCCGGAAGAUCAACAAACGCGGGAGUGCCGCACGGGGAGCCCACGCGCGAACUUCGAGCUUUCCCAAUCAGGUGGUCUCGGGUCUAGGAAUCGACAUCCACGACCACGGUCGUCGAACGUCGGACGCUGCUUCCAUCAAGACUGCGAAUUUGCCGAUCCCCGGCAGUGACAUCCAGGUCAGCAAGAGUCGUGCCGUGACGACCUCGACGGCGACACCGGUGAUCACCAUGCCGCACUUCUCGACCCGACGGCCGAUCAGAGGUACUGGUCCCGUGCCCCGACCAGGAAGUAGUGGGAGUCUGGCAACCGACGACUUGAUACGAUCUCUGAAGCGAGGGGACAGCACAGGUCACCACAGCAAUGGCAGUACCGACUCGCAGGGGCAGAACAACCGAUGGAGCAAUAUUAUCAGCGGCUUCUGGGGCAGGCGAGGCUCAACUGCGUCUACUAGCAUUGAUCCUCAAGCUAUCGAUGACACGGACAUCCACGAUGCCCACUGCGGUAGUGGAUCUCUGUUGAAGCAAGGGAAGCUGGCCGGCAUGGUGGAAGAAGCUGGCCGUAACCCACCCCGGGAGCCCCAGUCGCAGCAGGAGCGAAAUUUGAGACAGUCAGAAUCUGGUAGUUCCUCGACGGCGAAGCCGGCGGAGGGCGAUGAGCAAGAUGGCGGUGACGUGACCGAGCAGACCAUUGACGUACCGGACCGCGUCCCAGAUCCCUCAGGCGCCUUCCAAUCCCCCGUCAAGACGUCCAUCAAUGCGUAUGACGGCGUGAUUGAUAUCGAUGUCCCUCUCCCGGAGUUCUUGUCCUUCGAGAGUGCCGUCAGCUCGCCUUCCAGCAGCGGUUACUUGUCCACUCCGGGACUCGGAAAUGGAAUGGAGAGCUUCGAGUACUACGCGCGUCCUGGACCCGAUGUGGAAACGACGAUGAAUGUUGGCGGCUGGCUUCCACGAUACCAUCCGGACUUUGCUCUGCAAGCAGUUCCAGUUCACGAUGGUAUCCUGGAAGAGGUCAAGGCUUCACUCCGCGCCGAGCCAACACCUGUCACUGCCACUACGACACCAUUUCCCGAAGGAGGUCGUCCAGAUCGCUGGGUGGACAUCAGCAGUGCUGUGAUUGCCAACACCACCAACUUCACCAUCAGGCAUAUUCGGUACCGGCGACUGAUCCGACCCCGAGACUUGACUUCAGAAAUACCGAGUGUCCCCCACUCCUUCGAUUCUCGGUAUGGGAAUCCGUAUUCGGCUGCUCAGCUCACCCCGUCACUCGAUGCUACGGAUGGAUACAUCGAUGAGCAGUUCAUCGAAGAGCCGAUCAUCUCCAUGGACGAGACGCUCAUCGAAGCCAUCGAGCGUGUCAUCGCCCAAUCAGGCGACGGGUCCAAGAACUCCUCGCCAUGCUCCUCUCGAUCCCCUUCUCGCCGGGGCGGUAACAACGAGCGCUCAACUUCCACCACCCGGAGUCUCGGUAUGCCCGAACACAAACUCGAGGUCCCCCGAAACGAGUGCAAGAGGAUGGUGCUGAGUGCCCUUGAGGAGAUCGUGAAGGAAGUUGCAGGGAGUAGGAAGAAGAGGGGGGAUACCAAGGAGGAUAUGGAGCGGGAGAGCUUCUUGAGAGAGGGCGUUCGGAGCUGGCUCUGCAAUGUUGAGACGGGCGAUGCUUCGCAUUUCUAG